GAAGACGCUGUGAUGCCGGCAGAGGCAGUAGUGAGCGGUGAUAUACGAGGGGCCGCCGGCGGCCAGGUGUUUUUGGAACAAGUGGACGGGGCAAUGUUGUGAUCCUGGAAGACAUAUAUGCUGAUACAUUGAAAAGUUUUGAGGUGUGUUAGUGUACAGUAAGUCUCCUACAUGAAUGCCAGUUUGAGUAGGAUAUUUGGAACUGUGUGUGCAUACUUCGUGGCAGUAAACUCAAAUAGAAAAAGUCCUUGGUGAGGGGUCAAGGUGACAAAGGCCUUGAUGAGAUACUUGAAAAAUUGUGCUGUAUAUAGAACAUGGACAUGACACGGACUCAUUUAAUUGGACAGAUGUAAUUAGUUUUAUGAGGCUUACUCGUCACAUAUGCCAGGCCUGACUGGAUAUAAUUUAGAAGGGCCAUACAGAGAAAGUGUUUAGGCCUAGUGAAGUGGAGUGUGGAGGGCCGGCUGUGCAAUGGCUGGUAGCACAGCUGUAACUCGGCUGUCACGCAUUAUGAUGUACCUGCUAAUUGUAGCGGCAUUUCCCAUCAUCUCUGCUCUAAUAGCAGAGAGUGUUGCACGGCCUGCAGAAAAUCUUCCACCAAGAGUUACCCAUUGUGAAGUCUAUAAUAGUACACAAUGUUCAAACGAAGGUCCUCAGUCAGCUCUUUGCUCAGGGAAGAUGACGGAGGCGUGCGAAGUAUGGGAUACUCCCGAGAAAGUAAACCAUUGCUUCGUUUUGUGGACUAAUAACUCAGGCAAGCUGGAGAUUACUUACAAAGGUUGCUGGCUGGACGAUCAGAUGUGUUCCGAUGAAUGUAUCAGUGUUCAAGCAGCAAGUAGCAUAACGUUAAAGAAAAAACAUUUAUUUUGUUGCUGUAAUCACAACAACUGCAACCAUAACUUCUCAUGGCACCCAGUGGCAGAGCCGCCUAUUACUCCACUAUCAUUACUGCCAACAGCCACCCCUCAAGACCAGGAUAUUGUGGUCAAAACUGUGGCCUGGACAUUGGGUACACUCGUCCUACUCGUGGUUAUCGUUACCUUGCUCUUCUACCUCUACCGACGACGAAAAAUGGCUAACUUCAUGGAGUUGCCAAGAGUGGAAUCGGCAGCACUAGUUCCUCCCUCACCACCAAUGGGUUUGCGACCGAUACAACUGCGAGAAAUUAAGGCGCGUGGAAGAUUCGGGGCAGUUUGGAAAGCUAACCUCCACACAGACGUUAUUGCUGUAAAAAUCUUUCCUGUUCAGGAUAAGCAGUCUUGGUUUGUAGAAAAAGAAGUUUACUCACUCCCUCAAAUGUCCCACGAAAAUGUAUUACAAUUCAUUGGAGCUGAGAAGCACGGAGAUCAUCUUCAAGCAGAAUUUUGGCUCAUUACUGCUUAUCAUGAGCGAGGCUCUCUCUGUGACUAUCUCAAGGCAAAUUUAGUAACUUGGAAUGAUCUUUGCAAAAUUGGGGAGUCAAUGGCACGGGGUUUAAUGUAUGUGCACGAAGAGCAGCCUGCUUCCAAAUGUGAGGCUCUUAAACCUUCAAUUGCCCAUCGAGAUUUCAAGAGCAAAAAUGUUUUGCUUAAAGCAGAUUUGACUGCCUGCAUUGCUGAUUUUGGUCUGGCUUUGGUCUUCCACCCUGGACAGUCAGCUGGUGACACCCAUGGACAGGUUGGCACGCGACGGUACAUGGCUCCAGAGGUAUUGGAAGGUGCAAUUAAUUUCCAACGGGAUGCCUUUCUUCGAAUUGACAUGUAUGCUUGCGGACUAGUGCUAUGGGAAAUUCUGUCUAGGUGUUCAAGCCAGGAUGGUCCUGUACCUGAAUACCACUUACCCUUUGAGGAAGAGGUCGGACAGCACCCUACUCUGGAUGAUAUGCAAGAAUGUGUUGUCACCCAAAAGACACGCCCUGCUAUCAGGGAUGUCUGGCGCAAGAAUGCUGCUAUGAUGGCAUUAAUUGAUACAAUGGAAGAAUGCUGGGAUCAUGAUGCCGAGGCCCGUCUCUCUGCUUCUUGUGUUGUAGAAAGGCUAGCCAUUUACUCAAAAAACCUACACCUUUCCCCUACCUCAAAUCCACAGAAGGAGUCGAGCAUGUAAGGCCAUGAUGUGGUGGCCAUGUACCUGGACAAGUACCUGUGCUGUAACCGCCUAUUAUGGGUCCUGGUGUGGGACCGACCCCAGCCACCAUGUCCCAUAGGCACCAGCUGUGUCGGGGGCCUAGUGUACCGUGUGUCUGCCUCAGUACCCCCUCCCUUUUCCAACAGCUACACACAACAGCCAGCUACCUAAAACAUUCAGUUUCUCUUGUUGCAAGAAAGUUAAGCUGGCUUAAGAAGGUUUGGACAAAAGAGACUUCAUCUGGAAAAUGUACUUCAUUCUCUCAGCAUCUAAAUUUGGCACUGAUGGGCGAGAGGCUGUGUAAGUCAGUCAGAUAUGUCUUCCUUGUAUUAAUUAGUGCAAUAGUUUGAUAUCCUUGGCGGUGCUUAAAAUGCAUUUUUUUAGUAACUUGCAAAAAUGUAAAAUGAAUAUUUUGGAGUCCUUGUGUCCAACCAUUUGUUCUGGCUUGUGUGGUGGGGAGAGGGGGGAGGCUUAGUGUGGUGCCAAAGGGGGUCAACAGGGAAGUGCUGGGACUAUUACGAAGAGCCACCAAACAGAAGGUAACUCACGAGAACUUACUUCAUGGCUUCAUAACUCCACUGGGGCCAAGGUACUCUUCAAAAAUCUGUGACUUUGCCAAUCAUCACUUUGAUUUUAUUAUAUAUUGGCGCAUAGUCACGGAUGCAUCCAGACAGUAAGAUUAUUCCAACACAUUAUCCUCGAACAAGUCAUAUUUCAAAGGAAGAAAAAAUUUAUUUUGCGAAUAGACUCCUAAGUUUGUUCAGCAAUUAUACGCUCAGGAAAAUAGUUGAAAUUUUCAUAUAUGCAAAAGGAAUUGAAGACGUAAGAUAAUGAAUUAAAAACUAAUAAUAAUAAUAAUUUGAUGGACUUCUUUUUCUCAAAUUGGCACAAGAAACCCCACCAGUCGGAGUGUUUUUACCUCAGGAAUUCCCUUGCAAGGGUCCCCGGUGCCAGAGUUAGUUCCUUGAGUUGAGUACCAGCUAGGUGGGGGGGGGGGUCAUUGUAAUAUAUAAGUACAUUUUGGGAUUACUCCCAGUUUUAUGGUUCUGCAUUUGAAUCUGAAUGUGUCUGGUUUUAUGCAUUGAAACUUUGGAAUGAAUACUGUAUCAUGAAGUAGUAUCAAAGUUUGUUAGCAAAUGUUCUUUAAAACAAAAACAAAAAAAGCGAAAAAAAAAAAGAGACUUGAUUUCUAGAGCCAAGAUCAGCAUACUUUGCAUCCAGCCAUUUUUGCAGCUCAUAGUGCAGCUUAAAGCUCAACUCAGUAAUUCAGGCAUAAGGAAAUUUCUGGUUGUGCCCCCCUGGCAAGUGUUUUAGUGUGUGGAAAACUGGGUUUAGGUUCGUUGGUCCAUCUGCCGGUGCAUUCAGUUAACCCAUUGUGGAAAAAGAAAUGUGGUUGAAAUAUUGGAAUUUUAGCUUUUGAUUGAAUCAAAUCACACUUGAAUGAAAUUGCUAAAUUACAUAAGGGGUAUUUUAACAAGAUUUAUUUAUUAAUAUGAAUACUUGGCAUAUUGUCUAUUGAUUAGACAUAUGCAGUGUAAUGUGUGUUUGAAUCAGUUGUGCAAAAUAUGUUGUUAACUUAGUGGGCUGAUGGAUUAUGACGAGCCUAUCCAGACAAAAAUGUGUUACCCAAGGCCAGUGGAGGGCCGUGAUCGGGCUGCCCUUCAACUGUCAGCUCAGGAUACCCUUCAGUGACCACCCUGUUACCACUUUGCCCCCACACACACAUACAUACCCUCAUCCUGUAUAUAUUUGCGCCUCGUUUGCAGCAUUACAGAAGUUGUCGGCAGCAAAAUGGAACUAGUGAUUAUUUUAAUGUGGUUUAUUUGUGAAACCAAUGGUGCUUUUUUUCUUGUAUCUCCAAGAUGAAUGUUUACUGUUGUAUAAUGAAGCUAAUGUGAGUGUGGACACUAAGGAACAUUGCCCACUCGGAACUGUAAAUACCUCAUGCCUGUACACAAGAUAUGACCUAUGGUAUCCAGACCUCACCAUGACAAAUCAUGAGUGCUUAUGUUCUAAUUACUAUUACCUCUUGCUUGUGGAUGGAAGCAGUUGUCUGUUUCAUGGGAACUUUUGUCAGCUGGCUAUGACAGUCUUACGUAAGGGCCAAGAUUAUUGGAUGAUGGAUUGAAAAUAUACAAAUUUAAACAUGAUGAUAUCUUAACCUGUAGUUUAAAGAGACUUACAAGAGGCUGGAAUACCAAGAAUCAGAUAUGUAAGCUGAAAUGACAGUGAAAAAGUUGCCCUGUGAAUUAACUCAUCUUCCAAAUGAAACUCAAAUUGAGGUUGUGGUGAAGUGAAGGACAUGAGCCAAAGAAUGAUAAAGUAAGGACUGGAACCAUGAUGUGAUAGACUGGAUACGUAUGGGGACUCGUGGGCAGUUCCCAAAUGCCCAAGGGAAACCGCUUUGUCAUCAAGACAAGACUGUGUAUGGGGGAUAUUGCUUUUUUUUCUGAUAUUUCUUUUUCAAUUUUGUUCACCAUUUGUUAGGGACCCCCCAUGCUUGUUGGUCCUUGCAGGCAUUAGUAUGCCUUUUGUAUGUAUCCAUUGUAGUAGCAUAAAAAUUCAUUAUUGUAAAGUUAUUCCCCAUUAACUAUUUGAGGUGAAAUGCUAGACCAGGUCUAUGAAGUGAGAGCAUUAGAAAUGAACUCGGAUUAUUCGUAUUUAGUUUAAAGGAUUGCAAGUGAUUGUGAAUUACUAACAGUUUCAUAAUCCAUUUCCAGAAACAUGCCAAUAACACGGUCGAAUUUUUUUAAACUUCAAUUGUAAAACUUUUAACAUUCCAAGGAAAAACCUGGACAUUAUCACUUCAUUAGGCAAGGGAUCUGCAUGGAGCCAUUAUAAGUGAAGAUACAAUAGGCAAGAAUCCCAAGUUGUCUUCUGAAAUAUAAAUUGACUUUCUAUACUGGAGGCAGUUAAUGAUUGGUAAACUAAACUAACUGGCUUGUAUUACUUUUCAUAGCAAAGGAAGUCUAUAUGGAACUAUUCAAAUUUCCGCUCUAUGGAACGUGCAGUAAUAUGCUGUAGAUACCUGUUGAAAAUUUUAUAUAUUUUUUCUGGCAAAUGGUUAUUGUUGACAGAUGAAUUUCAGUUUCUUCCAUUCCUUUGUCCAAUUGUUUUGUAGGUAAUCAUGACUUAUUUUUUUUAUUUAUUUAUUUGUGUUCCAAUACUGGGAUUAAUGUAUUUGUGUACCAAUCAUGUGGAUGUUCAGUUUCUAAUGCCUCCUAAUUUUGACAAUACAGUGCAGCCGUAUGGAAUUGGAAUAAACUUAUAAAUAUUUUGUAUACAUACACACUUACACACACGCACUCAUCCUGUAACUACACUUAGGUAAUUACUCGCACUCAUAUGUGCAAACAAUGUGUGUAAAAUAUAUAUAUAUGUUGUACCUAAUAGGCCAAAUUGCCUAACAAGCCAAGUUUUCCUGAUAUUCUUAUGGUAUGGUGAAGCUUUUCAUUAUAUUAUGUAUGAUUUUAAUUGUUUUUAAUUUGAGUUAAAACUAACAAAUAUUUGAUCAAAUCUAACCUAUCCUAACCUAGCCUAACCUAACCUAUCCUAACCUAACCUAUCCUAACAUAACAUAACAUAAAUAAGUCAGUAAGUCGUCUUAUUAAUAUACUGUAAUAUAUAAAUAUUAAUUGAAAUAAACCAAUUUGUAAAGAAAUAUUUGAAAAUAAUAAAAAAAUCACUAAUGCAAAUUGGGUCUAGCAUACUAGGUCAAGGAGAGCAGUUCUGGCUAUUAGAUACAAUGUAAGUAUGUAUGUCCUACCUAAUAACCAAAGUUGCCUAACAAACCGAAUUUUCGUGAAAUUUUUAGUUAACAAAAAUCUUAUUUUUUUUUUUUUUUUUAUGAAAUAAAGUUUUCAUUGUAUUAUGUGAUUGCAAUUUUAUGUUAUUUGAGUUCAAAACUAACAUAGAAAUUUGAUCAAACCUAACCUAUCCUAAACUAUCGUAUCCUAUCCAAACCUAGCCUAACUUGGCUUAAACCUAACGCAACCUAACGUAACUAAGUCAGUAAUUCAUGUUCCUAAUAUAAUAAUUCAUGAUUAAUAAUUGUGGGGGAACGGAAUCAAUCUGGAAAGAAAUAUUUGAAAAUUAUGACAAAUCAUUUGGCCUGUUAGGCAAAUCAGACCUUGCAUACCAAGCUAAGUAGUGCAGUUCUGGCUAUUUGGCACAACAUGUAUAUAAUGUGCUGACUACCACACAACAAACAAACAAACAAACACACACAUACUAUAUUGUUUGCAGUACAAGUUCAGAAGCAGUGUUCAUUUCAGCUCUUUGCUUUAUUAGUUUAUAAAUUUGUUGACAAACUUUAUUUUUUUUUUGUGCUUUUAACAAAGUUUCAAAUAAGACUACUUUUACAAUACAGCAUAAUUAAAGGCGAAAAAUCCGGGUUCUGCAAUACUAUAUAUUGGGCCAAGCAGAGUACACCUGCUGUUAAGUCGAGGAGAGUGUGUCAUGGAAGCCUGGCCCCCAGUGUGAGCAGAGGAGUGCCUCAUGAUGUGUUAUGUGGCCUCAUGAUGUGUUAUGUUGGCUCUCGUGAUGUGUUAUGUGGCCUCAUGAUGUGUUAUGUUGGCUCAUGAUGUGUUAUUUGGCCUCGUGCUGUGUUAUGUGGCCUCAUGAUGUGUUAUGUGGCCUCAUGAUGUGUAACGUUGGCUCAUGAUGUGUUAUGUGGCCUCAUGAUGUGUAACGUUGGCUCAUGAUGUGUAACGUUGGCUCAUGAUGUGUUAUGUUGGCUCAUGAUGUGUUAUGUGGCCUCAUGAUGUGUUACGUGGCCUCAUGAUGUGUUACGUGGCCUCAUGAUGUGUUAUGUGGCCUCAUGAUGUGUAAUGUUGGCUCAUGAUGUGUUAUGUUGGCUCAUGAUGUGUUAUGUGGCCUCAUGAUGUGUUACGUGGCCUCAUGAUGUGUUACGUUGGCUCAUGAUGUGUUAUGUUGGCUCAUGAUGUGUUAUGUGGCCUCGUGAUGUGUUAUGUGGCCUCGUGAUGUGUUACGUGGCCUCAUGAUGUGUUACGUGGCCUCAUAAUGUGUUACGCGGCCUCAUGAUGUGUUACGUGGCCUCAUGAUGUGUUACGCGGCCUCAUGAUGUGUUACUCGCCCUCAUGAUGUGUUACGUGGCCUCAUGAUGUGUUACGCGGCCUCAUAAUGUGUUAUGCGGCCUCAUGAUGUGUUCCGCGGCCUCAUGCUGCACUAUAGUCUGCUCAACCAUUAAACAGGCUACGCGCCACUGCCCCUCCAGCCAUAUGUGCUACAUAUGUAAAGCCAUAUGUGCUACAGUGCACAUACUUCAAGGCUCUCACUAAUGCAAUUGUUAAUAGGAUAUUUUCUGGACAUCUAAGUAUGCGUUAGCCGUUUCAGUCAUUAUCAAUUUAUUAUGUGGGGAAAUAACUUCACACUUCUAUGAAUGAACUCUUUUACAAAUUUCAGUAAUUUAUAUACAGUAUUUACACUUUUUUUUUUUUUUUUUGCUGAUUUUGUUUUAAAUUAAGGUAGUCAUUAUUAGAUAUGAGAGAAUUUAGAUAAUAUUAGUUAAUGAGAUUAGAAAGAAAUGAAAUAUUCAUGAGUCUUAGUGAGGGUUUGUAACUGUCGGUUGUGAUUGGCAGCUCUAUAAGGCGCUGGCUCUUGGCGACACAACCUUGGACACGAUAUUGUAGAUAACAGUAGGAUGGGUUUAUUUUAUCUGCACACGUUAUAAAUUGUUAUUUUUAAUAUAUAUGUAUAUAUAUAUCAAUAUAUAUAAAAUCUUGUGUGCCAAAAAAAGAAUCAUCAGAACCCUCCUAUAAUAUACCGUUUUAAGUAUUGAUGUCCAAGGGUGUCAUGUCCGGACAUGGCUUGCAACUCCUAUGGUACUAGAAAAGUUUAGUUAAUGAUCUUUUUAUAACUGGAAAUGAAGUGUAUUUUGGAAAGUUUGUGACAGCAUUCUUGGCAACGAGAUGUUGUGGUGUUCUAGGUGGGGUGUGUGUGUUUUCCAGUUCCCCCGUGUCCAUCAUACUGUCCCAUUCAACACAUCUAGUAGCAACAUGGAUGCCACAUUCCAUCCCAUGUCUCAUCGUCACAAUGGCAGCAACAUAGCAUAGCAUAGCCUUUCCUAGCCAGUUGACUGUGUCAGUCAUUGCUGGCCCACGUUCAUCUCAUUACCUCAUUACAGUUACUGGUCGGGUCAGGUCAGCAUCAGGUACAAUUUUUUCAUUUCACCUAGAAUCUCAUGCCUUGGCAUUUUUAUCAGUAAAUCAGCAUGUUCAACAGUCAUUGGUACAAGUGAGGCCGAGCCUCGCUUGCUUUAUCUCAGGCAACUAAGUUCGUACAAUAUUCAUCCACAGGUAUCAUAAUCAUGCAGAUGUGUAUUACAGGUUUAUUCAUGUCAUGUACAAUAUUCAUCGUCUCAUAUCAUAUUCACGCAUUCAGUUAUGUAUUACAGGUUUAAUCAUCCCAAGUCAUAAGCUCCUGAGUUUUUUUGAGUUCAAACAGGUUAAUGUUCCCAGUAGUACUUCAUCUUCUUACCUACCGUCAGAUAAAUGUCCUACAGAUUGUGCAGCUGAUAGGCUGUAGUCGAGGUAUAGUAUUUGUAGGGUAAAGGUAGAUGACAAGUGGACUGUAUGGUAGGGGCAUGUCACACUUGGGGUCAGCUUCCCUUAUCCACAGCCAGGAGAGAGAGUAGUAGAACCUCAGUGCUCACCUGGUAAUGAACAUCACCACAGAGAGAGGGAGGGAGAGAGAGAGAGAGAGAUAGAUAGAUAUAUAUAUAGAGAGAGAGAGAAAGAGAGAGACCCUCACCCACCCAUCCCCCACACUUACGCAAACACAUCCUCACCCACAUCUGUCUCCUCAAUCACACACAUUUUGUAAUUUUCAUCCUUGCCAAUUUAUUUUAUGUUUAUGUAUGUUUUAAUGACUAUUCAAUUAUUUGUAUUAGGGUACAAUUGGCUAGAAUGACGAGUAGGUUACAGGAGGGCAUGAAAGGUCAAUAAUCAUAUUCCCUCUUGCUUUGGUAAGUUCCACACAGGAGCCCACAUCUGUUAGGUCAGGUUUACCAUUUAUGACAGAAGAUGCUUGAUAAAUCUUACUUAUAUUUAUUUAGUGUUUGAUGAGAUCUGAGUGUUUAAACACACAAACAUGCACCUUACUAAUGCAUGUUCCCUCCCACUCCAACACACACACACACACACACACACACACACAAACACAAACACACACAAACACACACACACAUACAUGCACAUAUACAUAUAAAUAUAUAAAUUGCCAUCCAUACUUUUGUGGAAAUUGUGGAUGGCAUUCCAUUCACCUAGAUUGUAUGGGUCUCAAACCGGUCCCCCAUGCGUGUGAGGCCGUAGCUGUAUCAACUGGGCUAUGAAUAGUCUUCAAAGGGAAAAUUUCCAGUUCUUUGGAAACUUUUUGGAAAUUCUUUCUCUGGAAGGUUGAAAAUUCCAGUUUGGCAUCAGAAUGCUGCUUCUGGAGACAUUCCUUUUUAAGACCGCUCAUAGCCCAGUUGAUAGAGCUACGAGCCUCAGAUGCAUGGGGGACCACGAUUUGAGACCCAUAUUGUCUAGGUGAAUGGUGUGUAUGUGCAUACACAUACCCUUCAAAUCCUCACAUGUGUAGCUAUCACAUACACUUAUCCCCCUUCCUCAUGUAUGUGUUCUCUCCCCCCUUCAUACUUUUCUCUCUCCCUUUCUCUCAUGUACUUAUGUAUUAAAACUACUUUUGAGAUAUUUGAUUUCUAUCUUGUCAGACUUAGGUGACAAUGUUUACAUUUUGGCAGGUAUCUUCUUCUUUUUUUUAUACCAGUUUGCACUAUGAUGAGAGAUGUCAGUUUUUAAAAGUGCCUGUUUUGUCAUUUGAUAUAAAUUAAGUAACUUUUAUGUA